AGUUUUCUCGUUUAUCGGAAAGCGUAAGGAUAGUUGAUCAUGCCUGAACCAGCCAAGUCCGCUCCAGCCCCGAAGAAAGGCUCCAAGAAAGCGGUGACCAAGACCCAGAAGAAAGAUGGGAAGAAGCGCAGGAAGACAAGGAAGGAGAGUUACGCCAUUUACGUGUACAAGGUGCUGAAGCAGGUGCACCCCGAUACCGGCAUCUCCUCCAAGGCCAUGAGCAUCAUGAACUCCUUUGUCAACGAUGUGUUUGAGCGCAUCGCAGGGGAAGCCUCCCGCCUGGCUCAUUACAACAAGCGCUCCACCAUCACCUCCCGGGAGAUCCAGACCGCGGUCCGCCUGCUGCUGCCUGGGGAGCUGGCCAAGCACGCCGUGUCCGAGGGCACCAAGGCUGUUACCAAGUACACCAGCGCCAAGUAACUGCUGCCCCAUCUCCUGCCCUACUCCCGGCAACACAAAGGCUCUUCUAAGGGCCCC